GUAUAAAAGUGAACGUAAUUUGAUUCGGAAGCAAAAUUUUGAUCAGUGAAUUUAUUUUAACGAAAUUUAAUAGAGAAAGUAGAUAUGGCACAUGGAUAUGACUUAAGAGAGAGGAAACCACAACCAAAACCCAUCGAUUUCGGUUGCGAGUACUAUAGAAAUGAUAGAGUGUUAGCAAGAGAUCCUAUUGAUAAGAUAUGGUAUGACGCUAAAAUUAAAGAGUGUAUUCAAGACGGGAAAAUGUAUCGAGUUCAUUACAGGCACUAUGGCCCAAAGUUUGAUGCCACAUUGGAAGCAAAGAAUAUAAGAAAGCACCCUGCAGAACAAGAAAAAAAUAAAAAUAAAAAAAAAGGACGACCACAACGGGUAGCACCACGACCACUAAUUUUACCACCGCCGACAACAACUCCACUACCGCCACUACAGCCGAUAAUAGUACCAGUGUUACCACAGCCGAUAAAUAAUGCACAAAAUUUAGCGUUGUGGAAUCUAAAUCAAACCUACAUCGAUAAUGUUCUACAAAAUGAAACCAAUCCAAGCUUAUUUAAUAAAAG